AUGGAGAUUGGAGAAUACUGUACUCUUUCAAGUUGUGCAACAUUGACAUUUCUACCCGUAACAUGUGCUUAUUGUCGUUCAAGAUUCUGUCAAUCUCACUUUUUACCUUUACAACAUCAAUGUAAAGCACCCGGAGCAGCAGAAGCAGAUCGAACGUUAAGCGAUACAGAAAUUUUGAAGAGAUAUCAGCGAGUGAACACUAGACGAAAAGAUGUUCAAGCUGCAGGUCCUGGAGAACAAUCGAUACCGGCUGCUAGCUCGAGUGCAAAUGUAGAAGAGGAAGAAGAACCUUCAAGGUUACCUUGUCAGAGAGCAGGCUGUAAACGAUUCAGUCUACACAUGGACGCAAGCAUACCCAGAGUCAAGGAAGGUAAUCAAUCAAUCAAUGUCGCAAAACGGGAUGGAAGACAUGAACAAAGAAUAUUCACACAUGCUGCCCCAAGGUGUGAUCGAUGUAGGGGCUUCUAUUGUAUGACACACCGAUCUGCUGUUGCCCAUGGCUGCGCUGCUCCCGCCCCUCCUACAGAAGGAGACAAAAAGAGAGAUGCAGCUAACGAUCGCAAGAAGAAAGCACAAGAGAUUCUCAAUAAACACUUUCCAGAUAGAGCUAAUAAGCCGGCCAGAUGA